AUGAUAACCCCCAACCUCGAGUCACUCAUAAAUGAUGUCUAUGGCACCAUAACCAAUGGUACAGACCUGCCCCCUCCCGACUUCUUUGCUCACCGUAUGAUUCUCGCUGCACGCAACACUGAUGUUGAUGGAAUCAACGACCUGGUUCUCGGUCGUAUGAGAGGCGAGGAGAAACAUUUCUUCAGUGCCGAUCACGUCAUU